GGGAGUGGCGGAGCGGGUAGUCCCUGGCUGUCAUCUGUGGCCUGGGGCGCCCGGGCGGGGGUGGCCCCGGCCAUUGGCGGAGAGGCGAGAGGGGCGGGGCCGCCGCCGGCAGCUGCGGGCAAAACUGAGCGGGCGGAGGCAGGCGGCCGGCGCGGAGGCACGGCCCAGGCUGCUGCGCUCGGCCUGGCCAUGGCAGCGGCGCCCCUGAAAGUGUGCAUCGUGGGCUCGGGGAACUGGGGUUCAGCUGUUGCAAAAAUAAUUGGUAAUAAUGUCAAGAAACUUCAGAAGUUUUCCUCUACGGUCAAGAUGUGGGUCUUUGAAGAAACGGUUAAUGGGAGAAAACUGACAGACAUCAUAAAUAAUGACCAUGAAAAUGUAAAAUAUCUUCCUGGACACAAGCUGCCAGAAAAUGUGGUUGCCAUCUCCAAUCUCAGCGAGGCCGUGCAGGAUGCAGACCUGCUGGUGUUUGUCAUUCCCCACCAGUUCAUUCACAGGAUCUGUGACGAGAUCACUGGGAGAGUCCCCAAGGAAGCGCUGGGAAUCACCCUCAUCAAGGGUAUAGAUGAGGGCCCUGAGGGGCUGAAGCUGAUUUCUGACAUCAUCCGAGAGAAGAUGGGCAUUGACAUCAGUGUGCUGAUGGGAGCCAACAUUGCCAAUGAGGUAGCCGCAGAGAAGUUCUGUGAGACCACCAUCGGCAGCAAAGUAAUGGAGAAUGGCCUUCUUUUCAAAGAACUUCUCCAGACUCCAAAUUUUCGAAUUACUGUGGUUGAUGAUGCAGACACUGUUGAACUUUGUGGUGCUCUUAAGAACAUCGUAGCCGUGGGAGCUGGGUUCUGCGACGGCCUCCGCUGUGGAGACAACACCAAAGCUGCCGUCAUCCGCCUGGGACUCAUGGAAAUGAUUGCUUUCGCCAGGAUCUUCUGCAAGGGCCAGGUGUCCACAGCCACCUUCCUAGAGAGCUGCGGGGUGGCCGACCUCAUCACCACCUGCUACGGAGGGCGGAACCGCAGGGUGGCCGAGGCGUUCGCCAGGACUGGGAAGACCAUUGAAGAACUGGAGAAAGAGAUGCUGAACGGGCAGAAGCUCCAAGGACCUCAGACUUCUGCCGAAGUGUACCGCAUCCUCAAGCAGAAGGGACUGCUGGACAAGUUUCCGCUGUUUACUGCAGUAUAUCAGAUCUGCUACGAAGGCAGGCCCGUUCAGGAGAUGUUGUCCUGUCUCCAGAGUCAUCCAGAGCAUACAUAGAGUGAAUCGUGCACUGCGCUGGGGAACUUUCUGCCUUCCUGAUCAAUCGUUUGGACUCCUGUGGAAACCAGGACGUGGCAACAUGAUGUUUGCUUGACUGUAGUCCCAUCAUGGAUACGUAUGAAUUUUUACAGGUUCAUUUUUGAAUUGUGAGAGGCGGUUCAUUGGCUAAGACAUACUGGGCAACAACUGAACACACGUGUGAAUGUGUGUGUAUGUAUGUUUAUUUCUCAUUCUUUGGAUACUUCUAUGAACCAAAAUUAAAUGUCCUUUUUAAAAAUUGCUUUUGAAAUCUCCCCACUGUGGCAGUUUAGAAGAUUGGAACUGUCUCAGCUAAAUUUGUUAGGUAUAAUUCAUACAUAUAAGAGUGGGGGGAUUUUUUUUUUCCUCAUUCUUUUGAUGUUGAAAUUUAACCAGCAUUUAUCUGGUAGGUAGAGUGGAGGAGUGAAUGUUCAAAGAUCAACAGACUUAACUUUUAAACACUAUCUCAAAGCCAGCAUAAUUAACUACUUUGAUUGUGGGUUGAUCUUUUUUUUAACAGUUAGAUAUUUUAAAUUAGAUAAUCCACUUAUAUUUUCCUCUCACUGCAGAUUUAUGCAUUUUUAGCCUUUUUUCUCUUCGUUUGAUGUCAGAAAGGCUCAGCAGUGGCGGAAGACAGAAAGCUCACCUGGGAUUUCCCCGCCGUGACUGGCACAUUCUUCUGAUUAACAACAGACACUUGUAUGAUGCUUUUGGUUAGUAAGUGCUUUUUUGCACACAUUUCUCUUAAGCCUCACAGAUCCUCUGAGAGGGGCUGCUAUUAUGUCCUCCUAUAAGAUACAGUCGCCUGGUCACCUGGUGAGCAGGGACAGAGCCAGUAGUCAAGUGUAGCGCCAAGGUGCACGACCUUCUAAGAAGUCCCUGGGCUGGUUUGACCUCCAGCUGCCUGGCUGUGGCAAACACUGUGUACAGCCUGUCCUGAGGCCUCAGGAGGGCUUCCUGCAGGUGAGGGUUGUGCAAGUCAUCAUCUCGUUGGCGCCACGCCAAGUGUGGCCUUCAGUCCGGCAGCAUCAGCUUCACUUGGGUCUCUUAGAAAUUCAGGUUUCCGGGUCCCACCCCAGACCCCUGAUGUGGUAUGGUAUCUGGGCUGCAGCAUGUCUUCCAUGUGUUUCUGAUGCUCACUACAGUCUGAGAACCACUACUUUAGAAACUUUACUUUAGCCUGGCAUUCCUCAAACCGUGUUCCGUAGGAAACGAGUGUCCUUAGAGCCAGUGGUUGUUCCUGGUGUUCCCCGGAAAGGUCAAGUGAAUCUGGGAAAAGCUGAAUCUAUACACCCCUCUCGAAGGUGUGGAAUGUAUGUUAAUAUGUCAAUGGAACCUGUUUACUUUACCCAGCAAGUCCCAAACACAUCACACUAUAGACAUUUUUUGGCAAGGAAACUUUGGCAAGUUUCUGGGGAACACUGUUCUAGGCUGAGGUGACCCUUAGAACAACUCAAGUAGACCCUUCACUGCCUGCAAGAAAUUAGGAUAAGUAACUACCUUUGGUAUUGUUGGUUCUGAACUUUUCCAAUUUAGGUCUGCCAUGAAUCUUUGGUGAAGCUUUAAGGUGACACUGUCAUACAACCAAGUAGAUGUCAACGUCGCUGAAACACACAUUAUGUGGAAUAAGUGCUUUUAAUUCUAGAAUGAGAAUCAGAAUUACUGUACCUUUUAAAUGAGAUUGGUUUCAGGGUAGCAUUAUACAGUUACCUUACAUACCACUUGAUAAGUGUUAAAGGAACAUAUGAAUGUAGUUUACAUAUUCAUGAAAUUUCAGUUACUUUGUAAGAUUUGGGCCUGUCCGCCCCGCCUCCCCCCCCAGGUUGGGAUUUUUUUCUUUUUCUACCUGGAAUGAUUAUAGAAUGGAUUUUCAUGGGAAUUUUACAAACUCUAUCCAAAACACUUUUGGGGACAUUUUAAAGCCCCAUACACAGAAGUAUAAGAAAGCACACAAGAUGCUACAGGUUUCAGCAGUAUUCUUGCCACCAUUAAGUUAAUCAAUUUUUGACUGUCUCAUGAUAAAUCUUUUUUAAAGUUUGUACAUAGGUAACAGAGUUACUUUUUAAGAUGCAUAAAGGGCUGUAAGCUAAUUGUGGUGUCUAUUAAGAAUGAGACAUGAGGAGUUAGGGUUUUAUGUGUUUUGUAUAUUCUCAUCUGCAUUCAGCUUCCUACUCUGGGUUUUGUACUUGAGUAUUUUUUUCUGUAAACAAAUGCCCUCACGAUUACCACUCUGGAGCCUGCUGACUGUACCUCUUGAACAUACUUAUAGUAUUCUGCACAUUAUGGAAAAAGGUAAAUUUUAUAAGUUUAUGCUUUGCUAACUGUAGAUAUUUAUUACUCUGCGAGUUAUCUAUUUUUGUAAUCAUCUGUGGUCCAUCAUUUAUUUUAAUGUACAUUUCUUAUUAAUUAGGGUAAUGAGGGAGACACCUAGAUUCAAAGUUUAAUUUGUACUAUUUCAGCCAAUCUGUGAAUGUAAAAACUACACUGUUGCCUUGCUAUAAUCCACCCUACUAUAAUGUAGAGCAAAUAACUGUCCUGAAAUCCACCCCAGGAGAUGGAGCUGAGCUAAACUUCUGGCUUUUCAUUUAACUCGUAGCUAUAACAUGGCCCCAUGGCAUCAACCUGAGGAGGGUGUUGUGGUGAGGGGCCGGUGUACAAAGGGAACUUUAGUUUUUCCAUGAGUUCUUCUCUGCUAGCCUUUUACUUACAUGUGUACUGUAUUUGUUUACAGACUAUAGGUGGAUAUAUAGUUUAAAAGCUUGGUUUAAUAAACAUUUACCCCCC